ACACAAACACGCACGGACACACACGUGUGGAGGUAAUCUGGCGUUCAAUGUUGUCACCACACUUGUGAAUCUCACCAGACGCAGUGCCUGCGUCAAACUCUGGCCCAUAAAGAAGUCUCUGCAAGUGUUUGGCAGCUGGGAGACAAGACGAGUUUCCCAAAUCCACACCUGUUUCGUGCUUCCUCGGCCUCACAAGCGCUUGGUUGCAAUGGCCGAAUCAGAGCCCAAGCCUGUGCCUGUCCAGAUCAGAGAAAAGAGAGGUUGUCCACAGGAUGAGGAGGAAGAUGCUCUGUCAAAGAGGCCCAGAGUUGAGAGUGAUCAUGGGAAUGGAGGUACUGCCCAGCGAGAAGAUGAGGAGGAGUUAGAGGUUGAAGAAAAUAAUGGAGAGGAGGAUGGUGAGACUUUUGCUGAUAUGAUGAAGCAUGGCCUCACCGAGCUGGAUGUGGGCAUCCUGAAGUAUGUCAGUGAUCAUGAGGGCUUCUCAGGAAUCCUGAAGGAAAGGUAUUCAGACUUUGUGGUGAAUGAAAUCAGCAAACAAGGAAAGAUAUUGCAUUUAGAUGACCUCUCUAUUCCUGCAGAAGUCCAGGAAGUUGCAGAAGCUCAAGAUGAGGUGCAAGAAUCUGAUUUGCUGACUGAAGAGCAGAAAAAGGAACUCGGGGAACUGCAGCUCUUCAAGAAUAAAGAGGGCAAUGUCUCCAUUGAGGUGGUGGAUGAUUCAAAAGAGAAGCGGACGCUGUUCCACAAAGCCAUCAAAACUCAGUUUCCUGGUCUGGAAACAAAGACAGAGGACAAAGAAGGUCGCAAGUUCAUAAUAGCCUAUCACGCUGCUGGGAAGAAAGCUUUAGCAGCCCCAAGGAAACACUUCUGGCCCAAAAACCGUGGCAGUUUCUGUCACUUUGUCCUGUACAAGGAGAACAAGGACACCAUGGACGCUAUCAACGUGCUUUCAAAGUUCCUCAGGGUUAGACCCAAUAUGUUUUCCUACAUGGGAACCAAGGACAAGAGAGCCAUCACUGUGCAGGAGAUUGCUGUGCUCAAGAUCACAGCAGAGAGGUUGUCUCACCUCAACAAGUGCCUCAUCAACCUGAAGCUGGGAAAUUUUUGCUACAAAAACCAUCCUUUAAAGCUGGGGGAACUGCAGGGCAACCACUUCACUGUGGUCAUCAGAAACAUCUCAGGAACAGAUGAACAGGUCCAUCAGGCCAUGACGUCCCUAAAGCAGACGGGCUUCAUCAACUACUAUGGCAUGCAGCGCUUUGGCACCACAGCUGUGCCUACACAACAAGUUGGCAGGGCCAUCUUGAAAAAUGACUGGAAUGCAGUGGUGGAUUUAAUACUGAAGCCUCGUCCUGGGGCAGAGAAAGAGUUCUUGGUCCGCUGCAGGGAGGAAUGGGCAAAAACUCAGGAUCCAGAGGCAGCCCUGAAAAAACUGCCCAACAAGCGCUGUGUGGAGGGGCAGCUGCUGCGAGGCCUGUCCAUGUACGGCACGAAGAAUAUCGUUACUGCAUUUGGACUGAUCCCCCGCAACAACCGUCUGAUGUACAUCCACAGCUACCAGAGUGUGGUGUGGAAUACUAUGGUGAGCCGCAGAAUCGAGGCCUUUGGACUGAAGGCUGUGGAGGGAGACCUGGUGCUCAGAGGAACAACAGCACACGUACUGUCUGCUGAGGAAGCGGAGAACUGCCCCAUCCACGACAUCGUGAUGCCGCUGCCAGGCUUCGACGUCAUCUACCCUUCACACCACGUGGGUAAAGGUUACGGAGAGAUGCUCUCUGCAGACGGGCUCGACAUCGACAACAUGAGACACAAAGUGAGGGACUACUCUCUCGCUGGAGCCUACCGACGCAUCAUCAUCAGACCCAGUGAUGUCAACUGGGAGGUGAUUCAGUAUGAUGACCCCAGGAUCUCGCUGGUGCAUACUGAUUUUGAGAAACUGGAGAACAAACCCGGCCCUGUCUUCAACAAAGAGGGGAAGUAUCGGGCUCUGCGGAUGGAGUUCUCCCUGCCUCCCUCAACUUAUGCUACCAUGGCGAUCCGAGAGGUCCUCAAGUUGGACACUAGCAUCAAGAAACAGACGCAGCUCAAUACCACCUGGUUCAACUGAGACUAAAACACAUUGUGACUUGAGCUGGACUGCUGCAGGCUGCAAAGCACCUGUCUACUGUGGCUACUUACUGUUGUGAGUGUCUUAAAUGUAUUAUGUUUGCGUGAGACAGAGAGCUGCUGGGUUCUGUGUGAACCUAAAAAUAAUUUCUUUGAAGUACAAAGGGCAACAAUUUAUCAUUAUUUAGCUUCUCCUUUUUUAAUGUUUUUACUUUCUCUAAAAUAUUUCUGUGCUUCACAGAUAAAGCAUAUUUUGACAAUGAUUUAAGUAAACCUUGUGCUUUCAAGGUGCUUGCUCACAGUCCUUGCUGGACACAAUGAUCAGCAUGCACUGUUUGUACAGAAAUAUGAGUUUUUGUUUUUUAACUUUCAUCUGAAUGUGUGAAUUGAAAAUUCCUCUGAAGCGAGAAAUUAAAAAAUGUUGA